AUGCCGUUCAGUCUCGCAAUCAUCGGGGCAGGCCCGGCGGGUCUCACACUUGCCCGACUGCUACAGGUCGCCUCAGUCGACAUCUCCAUCACUAUUUUCGAAAAGGACACCAGUCGUACAUCUCGAUUCAUGCAAGGCGGCACAUUAGACCUACAUACGGAUACUGGUCUUGCUGCUCUCAAAAAGGCCGGUUUAUGGGAAGAAGCGCUCAAACACCUCCGUUAUGAAGGUGAGGAGCUCUUCAUCGCCGACAAAAACGACACGGUAAUCAUCCAUCUCAAAGACCAACCCAAGGUCAAGAGCCGAGAGUCGAAAUUGGACUAUGAGAGACCUGAGAUUGACCGGGAGGUGCUGAAGGAUAUGCUACUUGACAGUGUUGACAGCGACUGGGUGAAGUGGGGAAAGACGUUGCAAUCGAUCGAUCCUGAGACCGGUAUCCUAAGCUUUCGCGACGGUUCGACCGCCGGCCCGUUUGAUCUCGUCGUCGGCGCUGAUGGGGCGUGGUCCAAGGUUCGGCAUGUUUUGACAGACGUGAGGCCACACUAUUCUGGUAUCUGUGGCUUUGAAGGCCGCAUUCCCAACCCGGAUGAGCAACACCCGAAGCUGUCAAAAAUGGUCGGCAAGGGCAGCUACUUUUCAUACUCUGACGGAAAGUCUCUAAAUGCGCAGAGGAUGAGCGACCGGUCCAUCAAGACCGCUUACUAUGUAAAAAUGGAAGACAACGAGAGCUGGGCGACCGACUUAUUGGCGGCUUAUGGGGACAACGAGGACAAAUUAAAGGAGAAAAUCCUGGAAAACUACCAAGACUGGACACGCCAACAGAAAGAACUGGUUCGCGUCAGCACCAAUUUCCAUGCCAGGGCGCUCUACGAGCUACCCGUUGGACAUACUUGGGUCCACAAGAAGGGGUAUACGCUGAUUGGAGACGCUGCAAGUUUGAUGACACCAUUUGCUGGCGAAGGGGUGAAUAAGGCCAUGAAAGAUUCGCUCGAGCUGGCUGAAGCACUUGAGAAAGCCUUGAAGGAGCAGAGCAAUAUGGAUGAAGCGGUACGCCAGUACGAAGAGAAUAUGUUCCCGCGGGCGAAGAGAAUUCAGAGACACACAAUGUCGAAUAAGGAGGGCAUGUUCAGCAGGGAAGGACCCGUCAUGUUUCUGACGGCCAUGGUUGAUGGGGCUGCGGAGGAAAUGGGCAAGGAUCUCACCAAGGGAUGGUUAGCAUGGAUCCCCAUCAAGACGCUACUGCACUCCUAUGUUGUGACCGUACAGACUUUUGGAGCUUGGAGGAGAAGGGUGAAAGACUGGUUUUCGAGGGAAUGA